UGCUUACCCUAGAGCUUCAUGUAUAUCCUACACAUCCAGUACAAUGUCAAUUAUUCCCCAAAUUAACCACCGGCUGUUUCAAGCGGGGAAUAUCGAUCCAGUCAGCCAUAAAGCCCAACCGUAUGUCUAUAUAUGUAAAUAUCAUUUUGUGCCCUAGCAUCUGACUCAUUCCUCAUUUGCUACCGAGUAGCCAACUCACGACCUGGAAGCCACAGACAAUGUCACUCAAAGGAAAAGUUUAUGCGCUGACAGGCGGUGCAAGCGGAAUCGGCUUCGCAACCGCCAAAGUUCUUGCAAAACGCGGGGCUACUGUGAGCAUCGCCGAUAUCGACCUCAAUGCCAUUACAACUGCCACAGCAUACUUUGACGAGCAGGGCAUCGAGGCGCUAGUUUCCCGUGUCGACGUCUCACAACGGCCCCAAGUUGAGGACUGGCUAGACGCUACUGUUCAGAAAUAUGGGAGACUCGAUGGGGCAGCUAACGUGGCUGGUAUCAUUGGGAAGCACCACGGUCUUCGUGCCGUAGCGGAACUUGAGGACGAAGAGUGGCAUAAGAUCAUCGCUGUGAACUUGACAGGAACAAUGUAUUGUCUACGGGCGCAGCUCAACAGGAUAGUAGACGGAGGCUCCAUCGUCAACGUUGCUUCUAUUCAUGGCAUCAAGGGAUUCGCCAGGCACGGCGCCUAUGACGCCAGCAAGCACGGAAUAGUUGGGCUGACAAGAGCGGCAGCAAAGGAGAACGGCCACCGAGAAGUGCGAGUCAACGCUGUUGCCCCCGGAGCCAUAUAUACCCCGUUGAUGAAGAAGGCAUGGGAUAUGCACAACCGACCAGAAGACGCCGCUUUCGACGAACCAACUGCCUUCCAGCGCCAAGGUACGUCAGAAGAGUGUGCCAAUGUGAUAGCUUUCCUCCUCGGCCCUGAGAGUACCUUUGUGAGUGGAAGCGUUUAUGAAGUGGAUGGAGCCUGGAUAUGAAUGGUUAGUAUUCACCAUGUCAUAAUAGGGGCGGUAAGCCUAUACACUGGAUUUUGAGUUGAGUUUCAAGCUUGAUGGAGUGAUGGAAAGGACAAGCACACAUUGAUACCGGUUACCAAACAUCCUCGGGAUCAACCAUAUGGGUUUCUCCAUCAUCUCGAAUGUGCUGACG